CGUUGUUUUAGUUUUAGUGUAGGUAGCACGGAAUUUCUUAUACCCUCCGGGUAAUUUUAUCGCCCUUAGCGUCGUCCAUGCAUAUAGCUCAGUAUAGCUAUGGCGCGCACAUUCAGUUAGUUAUUAGCCUAAGCCAACUCCACUUCCCUUCUUCUUCUUCUUCUUCUUCUUCUUCUUCUUCUUCUGGUUCAAGAGUUUCAAGUUCCGGCAGCAGCAGAACGGAGAGUUUCAUCGACGAUGUUUUACUCACAUCAGCUUCUAGCACGCAAGGCUCCUCUCGGUCAAAUCUGGAUGGCUGCAACAAUGCACGCGAAGAUUAAUCGGAGAAAGCUCGAUAAGCUGAAUAUAAUCAAAAUUUGUGAGGAGAUUUUGAAUCCUUCGGUUCCGAUGGCUCUAAGACUCUCGGGGAUUCUCAUGGGUGGUGUUGUCAUUGUCUAUGAACGGAAAGUUAAAAUUCUUUACGAGGAUGUAACUCGCCUUCUGGUUGAGAUAAACGAAGCAUGGAAGUUGAAAGAAGCUCCGGAGCCCACCGUCAUUCCGAAAGGAAAGUCUCUGGCCAAGAAGGAGGCUGUUACUAAGAAGGAUCCGAAAGACGUGGGAGAUCAUGAAGUCUCCCACAACACCUCUCCAAUGAGGUUUCAACAAACUGCAUUUUUUACUAUGAUCUUUCUGCCUCUGCAGCGGCUUGACAGUGUGGAUGAACCAUAUAUCAACGAAAAAACAGUGGAAGAUGAUCCGUCACAAAACUUCCAUCAAACUGAUGCUGAAAAUAUAACCUUAGUCGAGCGUUUUGAUAUGUAUCAAUCAAAUACAAAUACAGUCGAUCGAUUUGAAAGAUUUGAUAUUGAAGAGGAUGAAGAUACACAACCAAAUUUUGCAUCUGUAGAUCAAACACAAAUUCCAGAUACUGUUAGACCUUCCUCUCCUCCUCAAGAGAAGUAUCCAGAAGGCCCUCCUGAUGCUGAAGUCCAGGACCAACAUCUUGAACGCAAUGUUAUUCAGCCAGCCCAUGAAUCCAAGGAGUUUAGACAGGAAGAGCAGGUGGCAAGAAAAAGGAAAACAAAAACAGCAGCCUCUCUGAUGGACUAUGAACAGACCAUCAUUCCUGGACACAUAUACCAAUCUUGGCUGAAAGAUGUCUCGGAUCUAAUCUCUAGAAGAGGAAGAAAGAGAAAGCAGCGGACAGGUGCAAUGUGCACUAUGAAGAUAGCCACUCUCAUGGAUCUUCCUCCUGUGGUGUUAAGUGAACGCUUAUUCACAGAUGGAAGUAGAGAAGUCUACUAUCCAGCUCCUCUGCUAGAGUUAUGGAUGAGAAGUAUCCGUCAGCCCCCUUACUCACCUUCUGAGAGGAAUUCUGGACUCUCACCUCCUGAGCCAUCUCACUCUUCACUCCCAGAGACAGUAAACUUUUCAGAUCAUAUGGAUUUUCCUUUUGAAGAUCAUCACAGUGGAGUUGGUUCUCAGUCAUUUGGAGCUUCCAUGGAGAAGAUAAUGAACAGACGAGUCACUGAUGGUAUUCAAGCAAAGAUCCCUCUGGAAGAACUCGGUCUCAACAUCAUGGACAACGUUACGGGGAUGACUGAAAGAAAUCAAGUGGUUACACCUGGAAAUUCCGGAAAUGGAGUGAGGUCAGUUUCAAGCUCAGCAUCCGUACAUGGUGAGCUAUCAAAUAAUUUAGAGACCAAUUCUGUAAGAUCUAACAAGAAAAGACAUUAUUCUUCAUCGAGACGAAGUAGCGGAGGCCUUGAACCUGUAGCUGAGGAGAAUCCAUGGCAUCAUCACUCUGAUCCAAAUUUCAAGUUAGCGAGUUUGUCUGAAAAUAAUCCAGAUUUAUUGGUAGAAACUGCACCAACACAAACUCAAGUUACUCAACCCGCCAUCAAGCAUCCUCCUGCUGACAAGAUAACUGAUUCCAUUCGAAUGCAAAUGAAGGCACAUUUUGAUACGCCAGGAGCUGCAUCAACAGAAUCUUUGAACAAUUUGGCUGCUGGAAUGAACCGCAAAGCAGCUGCUAUGCUCUUCUAUCAGACUUGCGUUUUAGCUUCAAGUGAUUACUUAAGAGUCAACCAACAAGUUUCUUUUGGAGAUAUUUUCAUCUCUAAAGGUACAAAAAUGUGACAGGAGUGAGGUCAGUAUCUUAAACUUACUAAAGCCACCAUCAUACACACACACACAUAUAUAUGCCAAUACAAUUUUUACUAAAAUAGCAUCUUGUUUUUCAUCUAUAUUUAGAACAAAAGAAGUAUAGGAUUUAUAGCCUUAAAUUUGAGAAUUGCAAAAGUAGAUUAAGAAAAAGCCAGAAGCAAUACCAAUUGUAAUUAUAUAAUAUCCAUUAUCCUUCCCUUGCUUGUGCAAUGAAAUCCAUUGCCACUGCUUUAAUUUCAUUCUUAGUAUCUUAGGCAUGUUAAUUUCAUACUAUUUUUAUUUUACAUUACUCUAUUCUACUUAUAUCAAGGUA